UCUCGGCUCAGAGCGAGGCCGCGCGGUUUGAACGGGCGGAGAGAGGGCGGUUGGUGUGGUGAUGUUAACCGAGCUUUAGCUAACCUGACUAACUAAAUCUAAACCCGGUCUAAACCCAGCCUGCAGCACUGAGGCCACAACUCUGGGGCUGACGUACCUUCUUCAGAUGACUGUGACAUUUUAGAUAUCUAACGAUGGCCGACAGCAAACAGCCUUCCAAGGCCAUUUUAAAUAGACCCGGCUCAUAUAAGCCAGGAGAUUUUCCUCACUUACGGCCCCUCUCAGUUUAUUCUCGAAAGAUCACCUGUGAUACCCCAAGUGUUGGAAUGGAUGAUCCAAUGCGGAGCCCAUUCUGCAACCUUCAAGUUAAAAUAUUUAACAACUGCAGUGCGUCUGAGGGACGCAAGAGACAGUUGGAUGACUCCUGUCUUGACGAGACAUAUGAGACUCCUCAGAAAAAACCCUACCUCUCUGAGUGCCAUUCCCCAGAUCUUGCCUGUGUUUUAGAUUCUCCUUUACUGGAGGAAAAGAAUGGGGCUCCAGAAUGCUCUGUAGUAGAGGAAAAGGUGAAUAAAGUGGCAAAUAGAAACAUCAAUAAUAGCACUGAUACAGAGAACACUGCUCAACACAAGCUCCCCUGUCUAGAUUUGACUGGUAGCAUUAAUGAGAGUGACGGUCGGAGCAGCCCAUUGCCUUCAUUUAAUGAUAUCCAGUCAAGCAGCCCUCUAAUUCACAACAGUGAGAACAUAGGGCACCUGUCUCAUGCAUUUGUCUUUAUUGAGGAUGAGAUAAUGUGCCUAAGCCCCAUUGAAUGUAAUGCGAGGCAGCCUGACAGCGAUGGACAGCAACCCCAAGGUAAAGCAGAAGGUCAGGAAGGUGUGAGAAACACAGGAUCAGAAAACGAUGAGGGCUAUUUCACAAAAUCUUUUAAAACAGCUGAGCUAAAGGAGUCAGACAAUGUAAUACCAUCUGAUAUUGUUACCCCAGUCAUGUCCACCCCUUUGGACAAAUUCAGACAGCUUGUUAAACGGUCCCCCAUAUUAAAGAGAUUGAAAAAAUUGGGGGAGUCGUUCCCUGCGCUUAACCAGGAGCUUGAAAAUGCCUCCUCUUCCCUUUCCCUAUAUGGCUCCAUGAAUUUGGAUGGCAUGAAUGAUGAAAUUUUUACACAAAUUAACGAGAACAUAGACAGUAAAUUUAGAAGUGUUGACACCGCAAUCCAGAAGUCAUUAGUGUGUCACAAAGAGAUGCAGGUACAGGUUGUCACAGACACAGUUAAGCAGGUGAAGGAGGCCAAGAUUGUAGCAGCCACAGUCAAGCAGGAAAAUGAGGCCAAGGUUGUUCCUCCUUUACGGACAGUGGUUGUCACUGAAACAGUUAAGCAGGUGAAGGAGGCCAAGGUUGUUCCUCCUUUACGGACAGUGGUUGUCACUGAAACAGUUAAGCAGGUGAAGGAGGCCAAGAUUGUAGCAGCCACAGUCAAGCAGGAAAAUGAGGCCAAGGUUGUUCCUCCUUUACGGACAGUGGUUGUCACUGAAACAGUUAAGCAGGUGAAGGAGGCCAAGGUUGUUCCUCCUUUACGGACAGUGGUUGUCACUGAAACAGUUAAGCAGGUGAAGGAGGCCAAGGUUGUUCCUCCUUUACGGGCAGCGGUUGUUGCAGACACGGUAAAGCAGGUGAAGGAGGCCAAGAUUGUCACAGUCAAGCAGGUGAAGGAGGCCAAGGUUGUUGCAGACACGGUAAAGCAGGCCAAAGAUGUGCCACCUGUUGGUCAGCAGGUGAACCCCAAGUUCAAAGUGACGUUCCGGGAGGAAGUUUGCCCUUCAACGAGCUUGGAGAGUGCAGCACCUCUUCAGGUUAUGUCAAAGGUGGUUGCGUUCAGCAUUCAGAGACAAGACGAAAAGGCUAAAUCUGCAGUGAAACCACCAGCAGCAGCACUUGCCUCUGUAUUCAACACUUCAACUGAAUCUCAGGAGCUAGAUAGAAAAUCCCAGUAUGACAACAUACAGACAGUCCCCGGAGAAGUUCAGAGGCCUGUGGUGUUUAAUAGAGAGGAGGACUGGGAGAGAGGAAAGAAGGUGUAUGUCGAUUCAGUAGUCAGACAUAUGCAAGAAAACCGAGGAGAUGGAAAUGGUGUAAUGAACGAACUUUUCCACCUUAUGGACACUGUGGCCAGUCAAGGAAAUCAAAGACAAGGGAAACAAUGGCAGCAUCCCUCAGACCUCACCCGCAGAAAUUACCAGUCACGUAACAGAGACAGUACAAUGUCCCUGGAUGAAUGGCAGAACCGGAACUACCGCUUCGUUUACCGCUUCAGUGGAGUGCCCAGAAAGUUCAGGCGGAGUCCACGACCCUGAUGCUCCUCAACAAAGAGCCAUCUAUCAGCCUAGAGCGUCUGUAUGGCAGGAACCGAUUAAAGCCUCUUAGCACUUCAAACACCUCUGCCUGGUACAGUGAGCAUCUAGUGGAGGUGUGGCCAUGUGCACCUAAUCCCUAA